UAACCUGGAGUCAAAAAGUUUUUAAGAAGUUGGAUGGAAAACCAUACGAUUACUCUUUUUGGUGCAUUCAUUAACAGAAGCAAAGUUAAAUACAUUUACAAAAACAUCACCAAAACCAUAGGGAAUGGCAAAUCCAGAAAGCAUUGCUAAUCAUUCAUAAUUUAAUAAGACGGAUCCAGACCAAAAUUAAAGAUCUUCUGCAGCAAAUGGAAGAAGGGCUGAAGACAGCUGAUCCCCAUGACUGCUCUGCUUAUACUGGCUGGACAGGCAUAGCCCUUUUGUACCUGCAGUUGUACCGGGUCACAUGUGACCAAACCUACCUGCUCCGAUCCCUGGAUUACGUAAAAAGAACACUUCGGAAUCUGAAUGGCCGGAGGGUCACCUUCCUCUGUGGGGAUGCCGGGCCUCUGGCUGUUGGAGCUGUGAUUUACCACAAACUCAGAAGUGACUGUGAAUCCCAGGAAUGCAUCACAAAACUUUUGCAACUCCAGAGAGCGGUUGUCUGCCAAGAAUCAGACCUUCCUGAUGAGCUGCUUUAUGGACGGGCAGGUUAUCUGUAUGCUUUACUGUACCUGAACACGGAGAUAGGUCCAGGCACCGUGUGUGAGUCAGCUAUUAAAGAGGUAGUCAAUGCUAUUAUUGAGUCGGGUAAGACUUUGUCAAGGGAAGAAAGAAAAACGGAGCGCUGCCCACUGCUGUACCAGUGGCACCGGAAGCAGUACGUUGGAGCAGCCCAUGGCAUGGCUGGAAUCUACUACAUGUUAAUGCAGCCAGCAGCAAAAGUGGACCAAGAAACUUUGACAGAAAUGGUGAAACCCAGUAUUGAUUACGUGCGCCACAAAAAAUUCCGGUCUGGGAAUUACCCAUCAUCGUUAAGCAAUGAAACAGACCGGCUGGUUCACUGGUGCCACGGUGCCCCAGGGGUCAUCCACAUGCUUAUGCAAGCGUACAAGGUCUUUAAGGAGGAGAAGUACUUGAAAGAGGCCAUGGAGUGUAGCGAUGUGAUUUGGCAGCGAGGUUUGCUGCGGAAGGGCUACGGGAUCUGCCACGGGACUGCUGGCAACGGCUACUCCUUCCUGUCCCUUUACCGUCUCACGCAGGAUAAGAAGUACCUCUACCGAGCUUGCAAGUUUGCAGAGUGGUGUCUAGAUUAUGGAGCACACGGGUGCCGCAUUCCUGACAGACCCUAUUCACUCUUUGAAGGCAUGGCUGGCGCUAUUCACUUUCUCUCCGAUGUCCUGGGACCAGAGACAUCACGGUUUCCAGCAUUUGAACUUGACUCUUCGAAGAGGGAUUAAAAGGUGCAAAAAGACAACUAAAAUACCCGUUUGGAACAAAAGCCACCAGAUUGCUUAGUGCCUGACACAGAAACAACUGGGAAUCCUGAAAGAGAAGCAGACACUGUCACAGGCCCCUCUGUUAGAGCAUGAGUGAUCGAAGCCAUCCAUCAACAUUAACGGCACCCUCAUCAGUAUAAAAUAUGACUUCUUUACAUACAGAUUCUCUGUAGUGUUUGCAUGUUUCUUGGUGUUUGUUGUAUCCAGGUGUAAGUUGUUUUAAAUGGAAGGCCCUUCUAUUCCUGGGGGCUCAGAGCUGACCACGCAUGAAUGUAUGGCAGUGUCCACUUUUCUGUAUAAAAUGUAUAAAGUGGGGUUUCUUCCAUAUUGACAAACGAGGGAACAGGUGAUAUCUAUCUGGUAUAUCAGAAAGAUUAUCUAGGGUCUAUCCUAGUAAUAAUACAUUGUCAGCCUUUUCUGUGGCACCUUCCAGAUGAGUAUGAGGGAACCACCACUGCAAGGAUGGACAGGAGCAGCAGUUCCGCAGGGGCGUGCUGGGGUGGUUUGGGAGGGCACAGCUGAACGCUUCCUGUUUGGAUUUUGCACUCACCUUCGUGUUUUAAAGAAGCCUCAGGGUGCACUGUGGCCCUGUCAGGGCCCCAUUCCCAGCAGAGGCUUCAGGUGCUUUGUGUAGGGUCCAGGGCAGCCGGAGCUUUGAGGGUGAGACUUCUGGACCCAAAGGGAGCUUUCCCAAGAAGCCUUUGGUGGCCACACUGUAGGCAGCAGUGACUAAGCACUGGCAGUUCCAGAACAUUUACCCAGGUGUAUGUUACUAAAACAGGCUCCACCUCAGUUUAUCAGCGUUAUAAGUUACUGUUCUAAGAAGAGUAAAUACAGUUCCAGAUGGGUUAUUACAGAUGAACAGAAAGUCACUCAGCUGGACUCAUGUCCCUGCAAUUAAACUUAUUUCAACCUUUUGGAAAGUUAUCAAAGUCUAAAUUUGGAAUGAAUGCAUUUCAUAUUUUUUGUCUACUUUUGGGUGAUAAGUACUAGCCCUCAUUUAUAGAUAUGAGAAACGUAAUGUUCUAACCAGCAUCAUUAUGGUAUUUGUGUGACUUUUAUUUUAAAAAAAUGUGAGCAGUAAUUUGGGUUAGCCUACCUUCAUUCAUUCUGUCACAUAGAUUUCAGUUUUUAGAAGGGUUUCUGUCAUCCUGGAACAGGUGGUCUGGGACUAAGGACUUCUCAUCUUGUGAGCUAAGGCUUGUGUCAUGAAAGACAAGUGGACUCUCUUAACAGCCCAGUCUUCGUCUGCAGGGGGCAGCCUGAGCAUUUCCCAGCCCCAGUGUCCACACCUCUCAGAAAGUAGAAAAAAGAAUGUCAGUUUAGGAGAAAAGCCUCCUUUUUACUUGUGUGAUUAUGUGUGGAGCUGGCACCCUAAAUGUGUGACAUUCAGCUUCUAAACGAUGCCUGGAGAGUCUCUUUGCUGCAGACACCCUUGCUCCUGAGUCAUGAUUAUUUUCUUUCAUGUUAGAUUGGUGACUUCUGUGAAUAGAACUCAUCCUGAUCCUAUUUUACCUGACCUCCUGGACCCGCGGAUGGGCUUUGCAGGCAGUCCAGCAGCCCAACCUGCAGGCGGGAUGCUGUCAUCAACGAGCUGAGGGCAGCUGCUUUGCAGAAGAGCUCACACGAUGUCCAAUCACAUCCAAAUAACAUUGUUCCCAUCCUCCCCACCCACCUCAUCAAAACAUAACACAUCACAGCACUCGGUAGAGGUCCUGCCUCCCCGUUUCCCAAGGAAAGCAAGUAGGCAACACAGCCAGCACGGUGCUCUCCAGGGCGGCCCCUCUCAGAGGAGGAGGCAGCUGGUGCAGCCAGGCGUCUGCAGAGCAGCCACGAAGGUGGCCUAGGAUCCAGGUGUCUCCCAGGUGAGUCCAUCCACACACACAUUUAAAAAAUACUAUUAGUCUUUCUAAUACACUGAGGGAAAGAUUUUUAAAAAUCUGUGGAAUAAAGGAGGAGAUUUUAUUUACAAAUUUUUUAAAAAGCCACGUGGGUUGACACCUUCCUCCUUACCCACUAGAUGUCAACAGAGGUGCUGUUCUGUGACUCUGCAUUAACCCCUGCCUCAUGUCUGUCACAUGUGCUGCUGUGUGACAGUAAUUCCAGCUCAGUCCCUGCAGGCAAAGGAGAAACGGGACUUCACAGGACAGAGGAUUGACAGAAGUCAGUUUAAGGGAAGUGUUUGAAUCAGACUUUAGUACAUCUCAUUCAUUUCUUGGAUUUGUGUUCACAAUUGUGUUCUCUAAAAUGUGUCUAAAUUUUAAAAAUAUGUACAUGCAUAAUGUCAUUUUAAAAUAUGAAGGAAGGAAUUUGAUGUCCACAAAAAGUGUUUGAGGUUCUUUGGUUUUGUUAGUAAAAGCCAGUUCUGUGGUGUUGACCUA